GUGUUUAUAUGCUGCUCACUGUGAACAGGGGAGUGCCAGGUCCUCAGCUCCCUACUGCUUCUCAGGAUGGCUUCUGGCAAAAUAAUCAAGCUGGUGGUUUUUGAGCUUCUUGAGUUUGCUGCCUUCUCCAUUCCUACCCUUGUGAUAAUGGAACAGUUUGCGACUGCCAAUCAGCGAACAAAGUCUGAAAGGACUCACUAUUGGCUCAUUGUUUCCUGUUCCAUCGCCUAUGUGGCUGUAGUGAGUCUCUUGAUUUGGGUUCCGGUAAAAGUUGUCCUAUACAAGAAACGGCAUCUUUACAAGAAAAUUAUAGGAUGGCGACCUGUUCUGGUGAUGUGUGUUGUGCUCACCACUCUCCCCAGCUUCAGCUUCUCCAUAGCAGUCACCGAGGUUCAAAAGAAUAUCAAUGGCUCAGCUAAUUCGUUGCCUGAAUCCUUACCUGAUCUGCCAGUAUCUCUGGUUCUGUUGUCCCUGAUUGUGGUUGACAUUAUUGAAAAACUCAGGCAAUAUCCUCUAAGAGGCAGUCAAAAGGGUUAUGAAGACAAUGACAUCUGUAUAACCUCGUUGCAACAGAUAAAAACCGUGACAGAACAGGUAGUUCAGAGUGACGGAAAUCCUGCAUCUGCCCAGGCGGCCAAGCCCACUGCGAUGUCCCAGCCCCGGAACCAUGUGGCAGUGCUUGCCGGGCCCCUGGAGCCCUCCUUUCAGUCUAGGAUCCUUAGGACGAUGUCUCAAAGAGAUGUUCGGGCGGAGCUGUUCCUGCGAAGCUUCCUCAUGUGGGCCGACACGGUGGAAAUGCUGCGUGUGGCUGGGCACCAGGCGGUGUACAAGUCAGCCUGGCUGUACCCGGUCUACAUAUUCAGUUUUAUCUCUCUCCUGAGAAUGGUCUUCACUCCUAAGAAUCCUCUCCUUAAUUCCCUGGGGAUCUUGAUGCAAGAUUUGCCCUUUGUUUUUCUUAGACUCAGUUUAAUCCUUGCCCUGGGAACGAUCACGCCAGUACUGGGCCUUUGUAAAAAUGUCCUAGUGACUAUAUCCUAUAUCUACUUCAAUUAUGUAACCAAACUCAGGCCUUUCUCUGCCUUUGAAACCUCUCCAUUUUAAACAGCAAAUGUCAAGAUACUAAGUCCUCCUGAUUAUGCAUGUGAAAUGUGUAUUUGUAAAGUUUUUCUAGGUAUAAACGUCUGUGGUAUAUAAAAUUAACCAUUUCCUACCCAUAUCAUAGCUUUAAUACACACACACACACACACACACACACACACACACACACACACACACACACACGUAUAUAAUGGUGCUACAUUUAAACAAAACUAACUUUAGACAUGCAUAUUCAUUUCACUUUCAGUUAAAACUUACUCCUUAAUAAGCCUUUUAAAAAAUGACAGGAGUCAUGACAUCACUUAAGAAUGAGAUUUUUAUCUUGAGUCCAUUGAAGAACAUUUUGCGGCUUAAUUAUUCGAAAUUAGUUUUAGAAAAUAACUUGAGGUUAUUGAAUAUAUUUUAGAGUUUGUCUGAAAACUGGAGUUGUAGGGUCUUGUUCAAACUUAAAAUUAUACUCUGUGUGUGUGUGUAAAUGAGUGUUUUCAGCAGUGAGGAUUGAACUCGGGGCACACCAUCUUAGUAGUAGCACAAACCUAACAAUGAGCUACAUCCCUUAGAAAUACAUUUCUUACUCUGUUGCAGUUACCGCUACUAAGUCAUUAGCUACAUAGAAAACUAGGGUCUUCAGCACACAUCAGUUUGGCAAAGCUUCCUUACAGCUUCUUGGGCUGGUGCAGCUGGCAGUGCGUCAGUGUUGAGGAUAAUGGAGCCAAGGUACAUUGUGAUUCCUAGAUAAAGCUUUGUAAUGGACACCAUAAACAAUGUGUAAGAGUGUAACAUAAACAGAGUUUGAUGCCAUCAUAAAAAAAAAAUCAAGUAGUUUGCACUUAGUAUAGAUGCCAAAGGUUUCUUACGUUGUACUAGGUCCUGAGUAUCUUCAUGUUACAAUGAUCAUGCACACAGUCAUGAACUCUUCAUGUGCUCUGAUGGCAUAGAUACUCAUAUCCAAGCAGAGAUUCUUUGUUUAUAAGAGAAACUUGUAAGAAGUUUAUCUCUGCAGAGUAAUGUGGAAGCAAAUAGCUUAUGAACAGUUAGUAACUCUGAGUGUUCCCGGCCUCUGUCCUGUGCCCUCACCCACUCUGUGUGUAUCUGGCCUCCAUCUUUCGUCCCUCCCCCAGUCUCCUUUCCCGUUAUGUCUCAUAGUUGUUCUCACACUGUAGAGACCUACUCGUAAUUGUUAAGCCUUGCUUACCAGCUUGGUGAUUUGGGGCUAGGUCCUUGAAUGCUGUGACCCCCACUGGUACAAAAAGAUGAACACACAUAAGUACUUAUUUAGUAGUGUCAGGGGAUUGUAGGAUUGGAGUGCUCUCAAUGCAGUUUCGAACAAAUAAUAGCCCCUUAAAUGCUGGGCACUUAAUGGGACCAUCCCACAUCCCUGCCCAGCCUUUGAGAAUAAUAGUUCAUGCCUGAAAUUUGUGAGAUGUAGCAUGUAAGAUCUCAAGGUUACCCCAGACUACAGGUGUUUAUCAAUCACUCUUGUUAUCAAUAGCAAAUUGAGUUGUAAAAUAUUUAGAUGAAAGUGAAUAUGGAAAGCCAUUCUUUCACUUGAAUAGAACUUCUGUAAGCUCUCAAAGAAUUCAGACCACAGCACUCUAUUUCUUUCUUUUAUUUUAAUUUUGGAUGAGGGUCUUACUAUGUAGCCCAGGCUGCUCUGAACUCACUAUGUAGCCCAGGUAAGUCUGAACUUGAACUCACCACCCUCCUGCUUCCACCUCCCAGAUGCUGGAACUACAGGGAUGUGCAUUGCUGAGGAUUAAAAACACCUUCACCAGCCCACCAAUGCCACAUAAGCACCUGCCUCAGAGCCAUAACCCUAGAUGGCAGUUUGUGUGUCUGAAAGCUUUUGAUUAUAUAUCUACUUUUCUUGUUGUCUCACUAACUUGACAAUCCCAUAAGAGGAAACCUGAGAGUGUCUUGCUUAGCUACACCUCUGUCUCUACCUGCCAAUCCUAGGUUAGGUACUCACAAUGUUUCUAACAUUAAAUACAUAUCUUCUAAAAUUAAGAAAUUCCUUACAACCAAGCACCCAAUUUACAAUACUCAUAAAUGCAAGGCUUGUUUACAUAAAUGUAUAUAUUUUUAUUUUGCAAUUUUGAGCGAAUGCACUCAGUAAACUUUAAAGUAUUACAUGAGGUUAGUCUGCAUUUUGUGUCUGACAGUCAAACAUGGAUAUGCCUGAUAUCUGGGGAUGUUAGCAAUGCUUGAAACAGGUAAUGAAGGCAUGUAUAACAAACAGAUCAUAUAAGGCAGGGAAAGCUUUGAGUUUCUGGCCUAACUGAAUGCACAGAUGUGGAUAAAGCUCAAGCCUGUGGGACUUAAGAGACAUUACAAGAACUUACGUAAAUGUAGCAUCGAGAGUUUUACAUUAUGUAAUUAGAACCUAUAUUUUACUAAAAUUGUACUGUAAUUCUUAUAAGCUAUUUAUUAUUGUUGGCAUUAAUGUUUUUGUCCUAAUAUAAAGCUUAAUUUCUGCUGUAAAGUAUGAAUACAGAAACUGCACAGAUCUGUAAUAGACUAUGUAGUAUUUAACUCUGAAUAAAAUCUGAAGCCACAUGAU